UAGACAACGUUCUACUUCCAACUUUGAAAAGACAUUAAGAUAAAACUUCCUGAUUGCUUUUUUUAGUUAUAAAUAAAAUGAAAAAUGAAAACACAUAGCAUGGACAUUAUCUUUUUGCUGAUAAAUUUGGCUGGUGUGACCUUUUGCUUUUCACCUUCAAUAUUUAUCAACUUGCCUAAAGAUGAAACAGUAAUAGAAUUAGAUACAUCCUUGUCUCUUCCAUGCUCAGCUUCUGGGAAUCCACAGCCAAAAAUUGUCAACUGGCUCUUUAACGAUAACCCCAUUAAUUUCGGAACCAGUGCCUAUAGUUUAAAAGCGAACGGUGAUUUGUACAUCCUGAAGGCUUCGAAGCGAGAUGCUGGUUAUUAUCAAUGUGUUGCAAGUAAUUCUGUUGGUGGUGUAGUCUCGGAAAAACGGAAAGUUAUAGUUGCUUAUUUCAAAAAAUUGCUACCCCAAACUGUUGAACGCAUCACAAGAAAACGUGACAGUUUUUUUCUGGCUGCGCCACCUCAAAUUGAAAGCUAUCCAAAACCAAAGUAUAUUUGGAAGAAAGAUGGCGUAGAAAUUGUUGAAGAUGAGCGAAAAAGUAUCAGUGCUGAUGGAGAUUUGGUCAUAUCUAAUCUGCAGAACGGCGAUAGUGGAUCGUAUCAUCUGAUCAUUGAAAAUACAUUUCUUAAAAACAAAAAUGUUGCCUAUAGCAGUCAGACAGCGAAAGAAGUAGCUUUGUCAGUGUAUGAUAGGGAAACUUCCAACUAUGUCAAAAUUGUCUACUCUUCAAAGAAACAAACAGCUGGUGAACAAAAAACUAUGAAAGUGGUGUUGGAAUGUUUUAUAAGUGCCCUACCACUUAACACUGUCCAAAUUUCUUGGAAGAAGGUGAAACUAAACAACGCAGUCAUUGAUGUGCCAAUAAGCUCGAAGUAUAAGCGUCUUAACAAUGGGAGGCGUUUAGAAAUUUACAAGCCAACGUUUGAUGCAGAUAAUGGUGUAUUUAAGUGUGCACCUGUGAUAGGUAUUAAUGUCCAAACUACAGCUGACAUCGAAUUGGAUGUAUUUUCCAUACCUCAAUUUGGUCUUAAACCACAAAAUGUAAGAGGCUUCACAGACAAUUCUACAAACUUAAAUUGCACUAGUGUUGGCUACCCGUCUCGUAUAACCCGGUGGUAUAGGAAUGGUAUUCCUGUAGUUAAUGAUGAUAAUCACUUCAUUCAUGCUAACAACACUUUAUCAUUAAAGAAACUAAAUUGGGAAGACCAGGGAGUGUUUCAAUGCGCUGCUGAUAACUUUGCUGCAAUUAAGUUUGCCCAAGUGCAAGUCGAAGUCCAAAAUGUGAGUGCGAAAAUUGAGAAUGAGUUUCAAGAUAUCUUCGUUGGUUAUGACACCACUGUCAUAGUACCCUGUGUGGCCACAGGUGCUCCCAAACCACUUGUUUACUGGACAAUAAAUUCAACUAGACUGCUAUUGCCAAAGCCUAAAUACACUUUGGAAAGCAAUGGUUCCCUUAUCAUAACUAGGAUGAGUGAUGCAGAAAGUGGUGUCUAUGAAUGUGUUGCCAAUAAUAGAUUUAAUAUUGCACGUAAAAGUUGCAGAGUUUGGGUUGUAGUCAAAACAAGAAUUGUUAAAUUUCCACCGCGUGAGUUUAAAGUUCAAAAAGGAGACAAUGCCGAACUCCCUUGCAUGGUGGAACAUGACCCGAAUAUAAAGUAUACCCGUGAAUGGAGGCACAAUAACUUGCCGGUAAAAAAUGAGCGAUAUGUUGUAAAAGAAGAUGGAACGCUGGUUGUCAAUCUUGCACAAGAAUCUGACACAGGCAUAGACUUUUCUUGCCACGUCUUUUCGAGUGGUGGAAAUGUUAGCAUUUACACAUUACUGGUGAUUGUUCAAUUACCUCUUGAACCAUCAUCACCAAGACCAGUAGAAGUGCAGGCUCAUACCAUCAAGUUAGAAUGGGAUAUCCCUGCAGAUGGUGGCAGUCCUUUGACAAAAUAUCAAUUAUACAUAAAGAAUGAAACCAUGACAAAAUUUGAAUUAUUUGCACAACCUCCAGCAAAUACUUCGUCAAUAAUAAUAAACAAUUUGCGUCCUGGUGCUCGGUUUAAAUUUAAAGUUGCGGCAAGAAACAAGUUUGGGGUGGGCAAAAGCAGCCCAGAAACUGCGUGGAUUCAGACCAAAACUUUGGCUCCUUCUGCAGCACCAUAUGGGUUAAAAGCUCAUUCUUCUGGCAUGCAUUCAGUAUCAUUAUCAUGGGAAAUUCCCCCUCAAAAUACUCACAAUGGUAGACUACUUGGCUACUACAUUGGUUUUCGUCUUUCUGGUAGCACAAAAGAUUAUAACUUGCGAAAAGUCUUGGGUGGUGAUUCGAAAACACACACCAUAAAGAACUUGCCAAUUUCUACACAAUAUGAGAUCAGAAUUGCUGCUUUUAAUGACGCUGGUACAGGACAGUGGAGUGCGCCGCAAUAUUUUGAAACAAGCCAAGGAACUCCUGCUAUGCCACCAACGGAUGUGUCUGUUUCGGUUUUUAACGACACAUCAGUUGAAAUCGCAUGCAACCUACCACCACAAGCAUCAUGGAAUGGAAAAUUGAGUAGACUUGUGGCACACACAUGGCAUCCGACCAAACCACGUGAACAGAGUAUAUACACAGCACCAUAUGACCCUUCAUCUCUUAAACAUCAAAAGUUUUUAUUGCCUAACUUAUCACCAGACACAGAAUAUGCGUUGGCUGUAGCUGUGGGUACUACCGGUGGAAUUGGACCGCUAAGUGGCGAAGUCCAAUUUAAGACCAGUGAAGGAGUACCUGAUUCAGUGAGAGAUCUUCAAGUUCUGGGAAUCUAUUCGGAUGCAUUUUCAGUAAGUUGGAAAGAACCGAAGCGACCAGCAGGUGUUUUACGUGGAUAUAGAGUACAAUACCGAAGAUACAAUAUUGGCUACUGGAGUAAGCCGUUGGAAGAACCAGCAACUGCGAAAGGUGCAGUUAUAUCCAACCUUCAACCCUUGACAAGAUACGAAGUAAAAGUGGUGGCAUAUACUGCUAAAGGUGAAGGAAGUCCAAUGAGCGCCUCUGUGACAACUAUAAAUACACCUGUUCUUCCAAAAGCGCCCUCCCAACUUCGAGCAAUCGACACAUGGGGUACUAACAUGUCACUUGGCUGGAUACCUGGCGAUAGUGGACGAGCUGUCAUUUUGUAUUAUCUCAUUGAGUACAACAACGAUACUGAUUACAAUCGCAACCCAAGUGCUGCAAAAUGGCGCAUCAUACGCAACCUGACAAAGAUACUUGAGAAUCCAGCCAACUUGACGCAUUUGAAACCGAGUACGGUUUAUCGCUUUCGAAUGAAGGCUUUUAAUCGUGUUGGUUCAAGUCCAUACAGCAAUAUAUCAGAUGAUAUACUGACUGGUGAAGGGAUACCGUCCCAGGCUCCUCUAAAGAUAACAGCAUCUGCUCCUGAGAGACAAGCAUUACUCAUUAAAUGGACGCCACCUUCAAAGGAUUCCUGGAACAGCGGUUCCAUUAAAUAUCAAUUUCUCGUCAAACCAAAGGAUCAAGAUUUGAAAAUCAAAACUCCAUACAAAGAGCUUCCCGCUACACAAGCCACUUCAUAUAUGGCAAGGGGCUUACAAAAAUAUACAAUGUACAACAUCACAAUAAGAUUGUUCAAUGAAAAGGGUUAUGGCCCAUGGUCGCGUCCCAUUUUUGCAAGAACAUCAGAAGAUUUUCCCGCGGGAGCACCAACCAAUGUUGUUGUUAUGGUUAUUGACUCAUCAAGCGUGAGAGUCAAUUGGGGUCCAGUCCCAGAAAAUCAACGUAAUGGAGUUGUAUUGGGAUAUAAGGUGUAUUAUCAAAUGAAAAAUCAGCCAGAAACUGAACUGUUUAAGCAGUUUGAUGGCAACACGACUUAUACAGGUGUCAUUAACCACUUGGCAGGAUAUACAGACUAUGAAUUUCGACUUUUAGCAUACACUAAGGUGGGUGGUAGAUUUAAGAGCAGCCCAGUCACAGUCAAGACGCACAGAGGAGUACCUGGAAAACCAAGAGAUGUAAGAUUCAAUCCCGUCACAUACACCAUGGUGACAGUGCGUUGGAAUAUACCCGCACGACCAAACGGUGAUAUUCUAUUUUAUGAGGUGAAAUACAGACAAAAUGUUACAGGAGCCAAGUGGACUACUGUGAGAGAGUCCAUCGGCGCUUUCAGCAGGCAAGCUGAUAUUAAAGCGCUGGUCUUUAAUGCCUAUUACGUGUUUGAAAUCCGUGCCAAGUCAGCUGCUGGCUGGAGCGAAGCAGCUGUGGAGUAUUUACUUGUCACAACCGAUAGAGAAACGCCUGAGAGUCCUGUUAUAUUGGCCAUACCCUUAACUGCUGUCCGCACCCGAUCAAUUGUGGUUAGUUGGCGUCCUCGAUUUGAAGGUAAUUCUCCCAUACGUGCCUACAAUCUUCAGUACAGCAGAAAAUUUGAAGAGUGGAAGACAUAUAAGUUUGGCGUGCCACCUCUGGAAAACAUACCAGCCAGUACGAAUGAGCUUGAAGUGUUGGGUUUGGACCCUGCGAGUAGUUAUCAGUUCCGUGUGCGAGCUGCUAACGACAUUGGACCUAGUUCUUGGAGUGACAAGUCGAAAAUACAGACGACACAUCCAGAUGCUCUUCUUGGUGCUGCAUACAAUGUUCAUGUGCCAAGCAAAACACCAACUUCAUUAGUAAUCGCGUGGGAGCCUCCGAAACUUUCCGUUUAUAAACUACGAGGCUAUAAAAUAAAAUACAAAGAGUUGAGUGGUAUUGGUGGAUAUAAAGAAAUUCCGCUCACCGCCAACCAGUUGCAGCAUCGCAUAACUAACUUGAAGGUGUUCACUGCUUAUCAAGUCCAAAUGGGAGCGUACACUGACGAAGGGAAAGGGACGUUUACACCUUUCUACAUUUGGAGAACUGGAGAAGCGCUACCUGAAGCUGCACCAACAAACGUCAAAGUUGUAUCUCAAGGACCGAGCAAGAUCAGGAUCACUUGGGAAGCACCCAAGCUGGAGUCUGUUCGGGGUUAUACACUUGGUUUUAAGAUCGAAUCGGAGAGAGUAGAUGGAGCAUCCCGCAGACGUCGAAGUAUCCGCACUAAACGAGCACUGACAGCUGUAUGCACUGUCAUUCCUGCCAAGCAGACACAUUUAGCCGGUCCGUACACUACCGAGGUGACGUUGAAGAACUUGCGCAAGUUCACCAAGUAUAUCAUAACGGUACGUGUGUACAACUCGUUUGGAGACGGACCUAAAAGCAUCCCUGUUACUUUUAAUACACCGAAGGAUGUUCCUGGUCCACCCUAUAUUUUAUCGGAACGCGUGUACACAAACCUGAUCGAUAUCGACUUUGCCCAGCCUUGUGAACCGAACGGACAAAUUCUCGGAUAUAGAAUUCAGUAUCGUGAAAAAUUCGGGAAAAACGGGGAGCCCCUUUACUAUGGUCGAGAUGAUCUGCGCGUUAGAGUGAGUGACUUGAAGACAGACACGACCUACUUUUUGGAGCUGUCAGCUAAAACUUCGGUAGGCUACGGACAAAAGGCUACUAUUGAUUUUCAUACUAAAUUAUCGACGAGACCUCCGACCGCCCCAGGUGCCCCAUUGGUUUAUGAAAACAAGCCGGCUGUGCUUACAUUAAAGUGGGAAGAAGGAGACAAUGGAAAUAUGCCGAUCACUACAUUUUAUAUAAAGUACAGGAGAGAGGACGGUGAUUGGACGGAGCAUCGACCAAUCCAAUCAUCCGAGGUUAAAUACGACGAAUCUCUUGUUGUAUACAGUGUAUUGGGCUUGAAAAAUGACGUGGUGUACUAUUUCAAAGUUAAGUCGAAAACAGCUCUUGGCGAGUCUGAUUACGGACCAGUAUCUAAGCCUAUUCGUACAGCUAUGAUUCCAGCGAGCAACCAACCACUUCACGAAAAGGUGUGGUUUAUUUUCCUCCUCAUUAUCAUUGCUCUUCUCCUUAUCAUCAUCAUCGUUGUAUGCUGUUGGUAUCAUCAAUGUCGGUCUGCAAAAUACAAAACAAACAAAAAGCCGUAUACGAUGAGUAGCUUCGAAAUGGCAAUGGUGAGCAGUGGGGACGGGAACGAGAGUUCAGCGCGGUUGAUUCCUGGAUCGCAGAAUGGUUCCAGAAACGGCUCGAUUGCUCCUUCUGUAGCGUCAUCAAAAAGGCCCCCAAAGAAGUACAACGAGCGUCGAACAUCGGCAAACAGCCUAAUGAAAUCUGUCGACGCGUCGGACAACGACGCCGACAAAUCGUCUGAUGAAACAGAAUACGAAAGGCGAAGGAGCCGAAAUCAGCCGGAGAAUUCGAUUGCUAAUCAUUACUCGAACGAUCCGUUCCAUAAAAAUUGGAGAGACUCGAUGGACAAGAAAACAAAGAAAGCGAUUUUAGCCGAGUAUGGCCGUCGGUCGUCGCAAGCUUCUGUCAACACGCUAGAAGAGAAGAGGGCUGGUUCAGUGGAAUAUCUUGAUCGACCACGUGUCCGUCCUGGACGUCCAGAUUUAACUGAACGGAAAAAGCUAGCUCGCUCGGAGCCGUUUUUAGCAGACGAGACACCGGAAUCAGGUAGUAAACGUCCGGCACAUCAGCCGCGGAGACCUGGUAGACAACCGAUUGAUCGUGAUGUCGCACGUUCGGAACCGGAUUUGAACCGACCUCUGAGUCCACCGGAUAGUCAGGUGACGAGACAGCCUAGCUUUCUUCGUGCAACAGCGGGUAAUUCUGAUAACGAAAGUUUAAAUGAUGUUUAUGAACGACAGAAGAGUAAGCGCGAAAUGGCUAUGGACGAAGAUAACAACCGCAUGGACAAUUUCUACUUAAAUGGAGCCCCGCCGCCCUACGAUUAUUGUGCAGCUCCGCCUGCUUAUUCUCCGUCUGAGCAGGACGACGACAAAAUGUCCGACACGCCCUCCAACCGUGGUUACACGCCUAGAACUGGGCCGUACAAUCCGCCGAAAAAUCGAUUCAGCGAUUUCUCAGACAGUUCAGACGGCAGGACUAGCGGUAGAUUUAACCCGCCACCGCCGAGGCCUAACAAAAAUUACUAUAAUCCCCAACGUGAAUACGCACCACCGCAGAGACAGGACAGAAGUCCCGACCCACGCUAUCCACCUGAACCUGAGUUUUCACCGCGUGGAAAUUUCUCUCCUCCACAAAAUUCUCGAUUCGAUGACGAGUACCUCGACGAGGAUGAGUUGGAUGGUUACGAGCCAGAGUUGUCUUUGGUUUAAACAUUAUAACAGCCUUUGGUCGUGCUGCAUAAUGUUUCUCACUCCUAAACCAUGCUCACACGUACUGUAAUACAAAAGCGACGCCUGUCUGUAUUUGGAAAGAAAAGAAAAAACAUUUUCUAGCUAUCAGGCUUUGCACAUGUGUUUUAUUUAGGCUUGAUAUUAUUUGACUUUGGCGAGUUUGUACAACAUAAGUAGCGAUCACGAUGAUGCAACUUCUAUAUUUAAUGAAAGUGUUUACGACUUCUACUUUAGCCACGUUUCUUUAGUAAGCAUCCUAUAUUUAAAUGAUAAAAAACUGUCUUGAAGAUUUGAUAAUAAAAAUAAUAUGUUAGUAUGUCGCCACAUAUUUCGUUCACCUUAUUUUAACUCUGUUUACACUGUGAGAAAGUUUUUUAAUUUCGCUCUGUUUACAUUGUGAGGGAGUUUGUUUUUAUUUAAACAAGCUAUGGCUUUAUUUUAUUUAACGCAACUCAAAAUAUUCUCUUUUUUAUUGUAUAAAACGCAAACUUUUUUUUAUUGACAGCGCAAAUUGGGGUAGGUUAUGAACCGCUUUGACUCUUCGCAUAGAAGACCUCUUGGCUUUUGCUGUGUCGUGUCUUUGUUAAGGUAUCCACCCAAAGUAAAUUUAAGCUGAAAAUUUUGAAAAUGAACACCGGGUAAAAAAAAAGCUUCGUCAUGCGUUUCCAAGAUUCUAUUCCAUUUGCGUGUCUAAAGGUAAUAAUUCGGUACCACAUAAUUAUUUUAUUGAUUAUAUUAUACAUAGGUUUGUUAAUUAUAAAAAAUUGUUUUUUGCAUUUUUUGAUGAUUAUAAUAUUUUUCUCAAUGUAUAUAUCUUAUUUUUAUAUCUGAUUAUUUUUUUUGUUGGUUUGUUUAUUAAUAUAAAUUGUUGCUUUUUCUAUAAUUUUUCGACAAAACCUGUUUCGCACGUACCACGACAAAUUUUGCUUUGUUGCUUUGUGACGUGUGUUUUGAAGGAAAGUAAGUCAGGAAUUUUAUUUUUAUUGUUACCAUUGCAAGGGAGGUGUAAAGCAGUGUUUUUUUCUCUUUCAUGGGCUUUCGAGUUUAAAUGAUCUUGCUUUUGAAAUAAACUUUUCUAUAAAAAGAUUUAAUUUUUUUUUAUAAAAGUUUUAUUUUAGCUUUUUCGUCAUCCAUAAAAUUGACACCUUUGUUCACUAACCAUUUGACUCUGCAUUUGCUCGAUUAGGCAACUUAAUUUUAUCCAAACACAGCGCAUGUACAUUGUAAAUUUACUGCUUACAUUUUUAUGGGUGAUGGCAAUGUGAUGUACGUACUAUGAUUUUUCAUUAAAAAAAAUUCCAUGGUUAUUA